CGGAAUGAUAUACAAGUUGUUGCUUUAGCUCAAUACGAUUGUGGAUUUGGAUCAUCCUAUAGAUAUAUUGACAACAACUAGCCAUGGAUACCACAGAAGAGUCCACUUUAGACGAACCUGUGUGGAGCACGAUAAAGAGAGAUCUCGGACUGAUUGGUCGAAGGUUGAAGCUAGUUAUACUCCCCAAGGUCACCGCAGUAGAAAUGCAAGCGGAAUUAAGAGAUUGGGAUCUCUGGGGUCCUUUAUUUAUUUGUAUGACCCUUGCCACUGUGCUUAGUGUGGAAGCAAGUGAAGAUGCCAGUUUGAUCUUCUCAUUAGUGUUUCUGAUUAUAUGGUGUGGUUCCUUUGUAGUCACUCUCAAUGCACAGUUACUUGGUGGCGCAGUUUCCUUUUUUAUGGGUGUCUGUCUUUUGGGAUAUUGUGUGUUUCCACUACUUGUGGGUGCCUUUUUUUGUAUUUUUUGGACAGCUGUGUUGCCAACAGGAGUUGCCGUCGUUCUUCGUUUCGUAACUGUAGUUCUUUUGCUGAUUUGGUCCAUUAUGGCUGUCACUGCUUUUUUUGCGGACGUAAAGUUACCUGAAGGACGGAAACUUUUGGCAGUGUAUCCAGUGUUCUUAUUUUACUCAGGUAUCGCGUGGAUGAUAUUGGUAGGCUUUCAAGAACACAAAUAGAACAAACUGCACAUAUCCGACUGAACA